CGUCCUCAGGCAACAAAAAAAAAGUAUUUUUUUUUUUUUUUGACUAUAUGAAUCGUAUAAAUUUUUAUAGGAAUCUUAUAAGUUUCUUACAUAAGAAUCUUAUGAGCACAGUAUGCAUUUCUAUCGACUGUAGCAUAAGAUUCCUAUAAGAUUCAUAUAGAAAUCCUAUAUAAGAUUUGAUCUCUAGGAUGUUAGACUUACUGAAAAAUGUGUCGGUGAUUGUGUUCUCGUAUAGAAAAAGAAAGGAAAAUAUAUACAGAACGAAAAAUUAGGAAUCCUACAAAAUCCUACACAAAAUCUUACCGUAGGAUUUUGUAAGAAAUGCAUAAGAAUCCUAUUAUAGAAAUCCUAUAGGAUUUUUGUCACCGUCCUAUAUCAAGAAUCCUACAGAAUUCCUGCCGUAAAUUUCAUAGGAUUGCAUAGGACUCUACAAUAGGAAUCCUACGAAAUCCUAUUAUCAGUAGGAUCCUAGCAGAAUUGUUUGACCUGGGUUGAUAGACAAGCACGUGCGAGGAAAAUGCAUAAGUCGACCGAGAAUUGAACCCAAGAUCUCUGGUAACACUCUAGACACUCUAACCAGCCUGAUAAAUGCACUCGAUGCAAGAACUUGAUUACUUGCUGAGCACUUGGGAAGUACUUGACAAGUUUCCUCACUUGCUAAGCAUCUGAACAAGAACUGGGCAAGUGUUUUUGAUAUAAGCUUUAUUCUAUUAGAAUACAAGCAGGAAAAAAACAGUAUUAGUCAGUAUACCUAGAAAAUAAUUUUUAAAUAUUUCUGCUGAAAUAAAUAAACUUGGUAGCUAUGCACCUAGUAUCUGCUGAAUUGUACAGAUAAAAAAUAAAAAUAAAUGGAACAAACAUUUGACUGAUGUUUUUCAUAUAAAUUUACUUGCAUUGGAUCAGCCAAGUGCUUGAUAAGUAAAUUUACUUGGAAAAGUCCACAAGUACUAUCCUCAUUACUUAACCUAAGUACUUAACUCAAUCAAGUACGUUCACCAGGGAAGUGAGCUACCGAGACACGACCUAACAUGCACUCUCAGUACACGUGAAUGAUUUUCACUAUCAGAUUCUCGAAUACGGGUACAUAUAACGAAUAGUAGUAUUGCCAACCUCAUUACAAGAGUAUAAGAUCUCUCGAGAAUUUGAUAUGCCUGUUAUUUAGCCGCUAAGUUAAUUGAUAAACAAAUGAAUUGUAUUCAAGGGGGAGAAAACUGAUUUGAGGAUUUUGAAGAUUUCAAAAGAUUUGGAGCGAUUUUAGAGACUCAAAUCAGCUUUGAUCUGAAGAUUUGAAUUGAUUCAGAUUGAUUUGAAAGAUUUGGAAUGAUUCAAAUCAGUUUUCUCCCCCUUGAUUCCAUCAGAGCUUUUAGAUAAAACCAGAAGAUAAAUUUUUUGUAGAAAAAUUCUCUCACUUUUUCAGUAUAAAGCCGGAAUUUUGAAAUUUUGUGUUAAUUAUUAACGUGUGGUAUUUUUCGUUAAAACUUCUAAUAACUUCUUUCAAGUUUUUCGGAGAUCCUUAGUUUCUCUUGUCUUGAGAAAUGUAACUCAAAAAUCCGGCUCUGUAUUGUAGAAAUGAUAACAUUUCUCUAGAAAGUAAAACCAUCGCGAACUCUCAAGUAUUUAGACUCAGUAAAAAUUUUGGAAAACCUUCAGAAUGAUGACGAGGAAAAUUGAUUUCAAAAUAUGGCGGCACUAGUGUAUGGCACAUAUUUGAGGGCCCCCAGUAAAACUGCCAUUAAUAUUGAUCAAAGUAACGCUCAAAGUUGUGAGAUAUCAAAUUUUAACCAGGAAUGUUUGCUGUACAAAUUAGCAUCACUAAAAGAAUUUUUCAUUACGGCAUUUUACUGAAAUGUUAGAAUUUCCAGAAAAAUUAGUAUUUUAGACUUUUUAGAAAUUCUUCUGAAAUCAUCAGAAGUCUUUCAUAUUGGCUAAAAUAGUAGAGAUAGAUAUCUUGAGCUAUUCAUGGACUUAACUAAGUAUCAAUUUUUUAUGAAAAAUAUUUAUUUCUAACAGUCUGUGAUGUGAAUAUUUAAUGAAUUUUAGCAUAAUCAAAUUUGUACAAGCGCUUGGAAAUGUUUCACAUUGAUAAAUGGCAGCACUACAAAUAAUGAUGAUUAUACGGAUGAUGAUAUUUUAGACCAGAUAAAUCAAACAAAUCAAAAUUAUGAACAGAUAAAAGAACAGUUAACAAAUGAAACACAAAAAUACACAAAUUGUAAUGAUGAUUUACAAAAUAUUCAACAAACAUUAACCGAGUAUGCAAGAAAAAUCAAUGAAAUAUUUACAAAUUCAAUAAAUCAAAAUUCAAAUUUGAAUACAUUGACAACUGCUCGAACAGAAAUUGAGAAUCUCGAAACGAAUGAUUAUCUUGAUCCAUUCAAACAUUUAAUUCUAAAUUCAAUCGAACAACAUCUACAAAUAGCCAACGAUAUCAAUUCACUUUUGUUGACAUAUGGCAUUUCCGAUGAUAAUCAGUGUAAGUAUUAUAGUACUGUAUUAUUUUCAUACAAAAUAAGAUGUCGAAAAUUCAAAGUUCGAGUAAGACUUUUGUUUCGCCAUCUAUUUAUACAUCGUUGGAUAGAGCGCAUCAAGGUGAGUAAGAAAAAGUGAUUCUUAAUUUUUUAAAACGUUUUUUAAGGAAGAAACUUCGAAACAUCCUUCAUUCGGAAAAAAUUCGAAUUGUUUUCUUUUUUGUUCUUCUAACUUUUCGAAAGUAUUUUUUCAGAUCCAGCAUUAAAAAGAGAGUAUGAGAAUGAUGCUGGAUCGAGGUUGAAGUCAAAAUUUACGUAUUGGACUUCCCGUGUAAAAAGUUCUCAAACAAUUUUGCAAACCUGUCUAGGUUUUUUGUGAAGAGCUCAAACCGAUUUUUGAACUUCAUCAGAACUGCCUUUGAACGUGCUUUAAAAGUAUAAAUCGCUUUUUAUUUAUUUUGCUGUGUUAUUGAGAAAAUUCAUCUUAUCUAGAUCGGGACUGAAAAAGUCGGAAUUCUGCCCAUACUUCUCAAUUUUCUCCAUUAGAGCUCAGUUUUUAUGCAAUAAAACAUCAUCUUCGAAAUCAGCAUCGAAAUCUGAGUCGAACGAUAUAUAUUUCGAAAACUUUCGUUGAUUUUCAAUUUUUUGUUGAAAAUCUCGGUUAUUUUUCGACGUAAAAAUAAAAAAAAAUAAGGUGGUCGGAAACGAUAAAAAGAAGUAUAUCAUUUUGCUAAGUUUUCGAUGCUGAUUCCGAAGAUGAUGUUUUAUUGCAUAAAAACUGAGCUUUAAUGGA